CACUUAAUAUCAUGGCCGCCGUGUGAUUCUAUACACGUGAAACUGUCGCUGCGAGCAGAUCUCUUACCGAUGACCUUCUGAGUCCGUGGAGGAAGAUAGUGUCACGAGCGUGCUUCAGUUCAUCCCUGGCCUUAGUGAAAUCUAAAAGACAUGGAUUUGUCCUUCUCCGGACGGGUUGUCAUCAUUACUGGCGCGGGAAACGGUCUUGGUCGUGAAUAUGCUCUGCUUUUUGCAAAGCAUGGGGCCAAAGUGGUUGUGAAUGACCUUGGUGUAAGCACAUCUGGGGAUGGAAAGGACAGAAAGGCAGCUGAUGCAGUUGUGGAGGAAAUUGGCAAGGCUGGAGGGGUGGCAGUUUCAAACUAUGAUUCAGUGGAGGAGGGAGAUAAAAUUGUGCGGACUGCCAUGGAAAACUUUGGUCGUGUGGAUAUUGUUGUCAACAAUGCUGGCUUCCUGCGUGACAAGUCCUUCGCCAAGAUGACCACCAAGGAAUGGGAUGACAUCCAUAAGAUCCAUUUGAGAAGUUCAUUCAUCGUGACCAAGGCAGCCUGGCCCCACAUGCAGAGGCAACGCUAUGGCCGUAUCAUCAUGACAUCCUCCACAGCAGGCAUCUAUGGGAAUUUUGGACAGGCCAACUACAGUGCAGCCAAGCUAGGUGUCAUUGGACUCAGUAACACCCUGGCCAUUGAAGGCCAACGCUAUGGCAUACAUUCCAAUGUCAUUGUUCCCAUGGCAGCUUCCAGGUUGACUCAGGGAAUCCUCCCUCCUGAGUUGUACGAUCGCUUGAAGCCAUCUUGUGUGGCCCCAGUUGUCCUCUGGUUGUGUCACGAAGACUGUCCAGAUUCUGGAGGUGUAUUUGAAGCAGCUGGAGGACUUGUGGCCAAAUAUCGAUGGCAGAGGUCCAAGGGUCUCCUCAUUGAUCCCAUUGAACCUCAGCGGGUGCGGGAGGAGUGGAAUCGCAUCACAGACAUGGAUGGAGGCCUUUCCCCAGACUCCAAUGCAGAUCUCCUCGCUUCUGUCUACUUGGAGCAACUGCAAAAUCCUCCAGAGAAACCGAAGACCAAUCCCACCAGUGGUGGAUCCUUGCUCAAUCGGGAUCUCCUGCUUCGCUAUGAGUCCUGUGGCACAUAUGAGUUCUCCAGUCAAGAGGCCAUUCUUUAUUCUCUUUCAGUGGGCUGUUCACUGAGUGACACACAUGGCUUGCGAUAUCUCUAUGAGGGUCAUGAAAUCUUCUCUCCCCUCCCCACAUUCUCUGUCAUCCCUGCUCAGACUUGCCUUUUUGGUGGAGAGCUCUUCUCUGGAUCCCUUCCUGGCAUUGACUUUGACCUCUCCAAGCUUCUGCAUGGGGAGCAAUAUAUCGAGGCUUGUGGGGAUCGGUUGCCAGCCUCUGGCACCUUGACAUCACGGUGUACAGUUGCUGAUGUCCUUGACAAAGGCUCUGGAGCUCUCAUCUAUUUCAAUGUGGAGACAAAUGAUGAAAGUGGCAACCGUGUUGCAUUCAAUCAAUUUGGAGUGUUCAUUGUGGGCCAGGGUGGAUUCGGUGGGCCAAGGAAGACAGAGAAGGCAAUUCCCAUCCGAGAUCCUCCAUCUCGAGAACCUGACAAGACAUUCUCUUUCAAAACUGGUGUCAACCAGGCUGCCCUUUAUCGCCUGAAUGGGGACUUCAACCCACUGCAUAUCGACCCAGACUUUGCCGCUCUAGGGGGGUUCGAGCAGCCGAUCCUGCAUGGCCUCUGUUCACUUGGCAUUGUGGCUCGACAGCUCCUACAGUACUGUGCUGGGGAUGACCCCACCCGUUUCCAUUCAAUCAAGGUGAGGUUUGCCAAACCAGUGGUCCCAGGUGAGACACUGGAGACAAAGGCUUGGAUCCAGGACAAUGGCAUCCAUUUUGCAACCCAUGUGAAAGAGAAUGGAAAUCCUGUCAUCACAGGUGGAUAUAUGGAGCUGAAGGGAGGAAAAAAGGGAACAGCAGGAGGAGAAGAUAGUAAUUUAAAGAAAAUGCUGGAGACACUCCAGGAGAGACUCAAGUCACGGUCGAGUCAGGCCAAGGCCCUCAACGCUGCUUUCCUUUGGAUUGUUUCUCAAAAUGAUGGGAACCAAGAUUCAUGGACCCUGGACCUACGUAGCAAGGAUGCCCCACACGUGCAUGCAGGGGGACCCCGAGAUGGGCGAGAUCCAGAUGUGACCCUGUCGAUCCAGGUUGGAGAUCUAGCAUCCCUGGUGGAAGGUUCCCUCCCUCCAUCCAAGGCUUUCUUUCAAGGGAAGCUGAAGGUGAAGGGAAACAUGAUGCUGACACAGAAGCUGGAGUCCCUCCUUGCUCCACAGGCCAAGUUGUAGGCUCUUGACUGAUGAUUUUAAGUUGAGUUUGUGCUCCUUGUUUGUAUCUAUGCUGGGUUGAAUACUGAAGGAUCAGAUAUUUUCUGGCUGUCUAAAAUAGUCUCCUUUGGGGAAUGGCUUCUGCAUGCAUACAGUGCAAUUAAAUAUAUUUUCAGGGCAAGUUGACAAACUCUGUGCAGAGCUCUUGUGCACAUGUGCAGAGCUCUUUUGAGCUUCUCCUAUAUCACAGCUGGGACUGUGAAUGCAUCUGUGAUGCCAUCGAGGAUGCCAUACAUUUUCCAACUCAGUUGCAUUAUGAGGGAAUGUGUCUUUCAAUUAUUGAUGGCUUAGAACUUGGACUUGGGCUUGUUGUUUGUUGGUAUCAUCAGUGCAGGUGUCGUAGCUGUGCCAUAAUAGCAGAAAAUGGGGUGCAAACUCAAUUGCCAGUACCUGUAUCAAAUGAAUUAUUGUCUUGGGGAAUCUUGGGAUAUCUCAUCUAUCAGUGACUAGUUGGGGAUGUUUUCAGGAUUGAGUGCCUUCAAUCCCUGUGAGAGAAAUUUCAUCCUCUUAGGGUCAUGUCAUUUUAUAUUUUUAUCUCUGUGAUAUUAUCCUGGGCUCAUCUUUCAUUCCAUUGCAAUAUAUCUUGCUUUAUUGUAUCUA